AUGCUUGCAGAAGCACGGAAAAAAGGCAAGAGUGGCAUCCAAGGUGCCUUUGAGGAACUCGGAGGCGGCAACGAUGGCCAGGUCACAAGAGAAGAGAUGGUCAAAUACCUCACCAGAAACAAUUAUCCCGGAGAUGCCAACGCACUGUUCGACUUGGUGGAUGUUGACAACGAAGGCUUGAUCACCAAAUCCGAGUUCGGACAGAUGACCGAGGUGGACUUCAUCAAGAAAGGUCCUGUGCGGGCCUUCAAGAACUUCUUAUGCAAAAAGUUUGGAAAGAUCGAGGAAGCCUUCAAAACGCUCGACACGUCUCACGACAAGAUGCUGGACUGCCAAGAGUUUGUAACCAGCGUGGAACGAAUGGGCUAUGAAGGUGAUGCUGACAUCAUGUUCCAGCUCCUUGACGAAGACAAAGACGGCAAGAUCACGAUUGGCGAGCUCAAGAAGCUCAUGGGAAAGCUGAAGCGAGUGGAACAGGAGAACCCCAAUGAAGGCGAGCAUGAGCUGUCCACUCCGACAAAUGACAAGAAAGGGAAGAAGGCUAAGAAGCACAAGUAG